AGUUCUUUGCAGAAGAAUACUUGACCAGAACAAGAGGAUCAUGAUGACAGUAAGAUUCACCUGCUUAAUGCUAAUAGCUGUUGUGGGAGCUACUGCAAGUGAGACACAGGAACUGGAAGGCAAUGAUGAGGAAACAGAGCAGGAAUUCAUUUAUAUGAACAGAUAUAAGCGUUCUAGUGACACACAGGACAAAUGCACAUAUACCUUUAUUGUACCUCAACAGAGAGUGACAGGUGCCAUUUGCGUCAAUUCUAAGGAGCCUGAAGUUCUACUUGAAAACAGGGUAAAUAAACAAGAAUUACAGUUACUUAACAAUGAACUUCUUAAACAAAAGAGACAAAUAGAAACUCUCCAGCAGCUGGUGGAGGUGGAUGGUGGGAUUGUUAAUGAGGUCAAGCUCUUAAGAAAAGAGAGCAGAAACAUGAAUUCUCGUGUCACACAACUCUACAUGCAGUUACUACAUGAAAUCAUCCGAAAACGUGACAAUGCCUUAGAACUUUCUCAACUUGAGAAUAAGAUUUUGAACCAAACUGCAGAUAUGCUACAACUUGCAAACAAAUACAAAGACUUAGAGCACAAGUACCAACAUUUGAUGUCGAUUGCCAAUAAUCAGUCAGUAAUAAUUGCCCAACUGGAAGAACACUGUCAAAAAAUGCCGUCCGUAAAGCCACUGCCACAAACUCCACAGCCACCAAACAAAGUGUACCAGCCUCCUACUUACAAUCGUAUUAUCAACCAGAUAUCUACUAAUGAGAUUCAGAGUGAUCAGAACUUAAAGGUCCUGCCACCUACCUUACCAACCAUGCCUGCAGUCACUAGUAUUCCAACUUCAACUGACAAACCAUCCGGGCCCUGGAGAGACUGCCUGCAAGCACUAGAAGAUGGCCAUGAUACAAGCUCCAUCUAUCUUGUAAAGCCAGAAAACACAAACCAGCUUAUGCAGGUCUGGUGUGAUCAACGGCAUGACCCUGGUGGCUGGACAGUCAUUCAGAGACGGCUGGAUGGGUCUGUCAACUUUUUCAGGAACUGGGAGACAUACAAGCAAGGAUUUGGUAAUAUAGAUGGAGAAUACUGGCUCGGACUAGAAAAUAUUUAUUGGUUAACAAAUCAAGGCAACUACAAACUGCUCAUAACAAUGGAAGACUGGUCAGGUCGCAAAGUGUUUGCUGAGUAUGCCAGCUUCAGACUGGAGCCAGAAAGUGAAUACUACAAGUUGAGAUUGGGACGCUACAACGGCAAUGCAGGAGAUUCCUUCACUUGGCACAAUGGCAAACAGUUCACCACGCUGGACCGGGACCACGAUGUAUACACAGGUAAUUGUGCUCACUACCAGAAGGGAGGAUGGUGGUACAACGCAUGUGCUCAUUCAAAUCUUAAUGGAGUCUGGUAUCGUGGAGGACACUACCGCAGUCGGUAUCAGGAUGGUGUUUACUGGGCUGAAUUCCGGGGGGGAUCAUAUUCACUAAAGAAAGUUGUUAUGAUGAUAAGACCUAACCCGAACACAUUCCACUGAAAUUAUUCUUCUCUAGGUUUUUUUUCUUGUUCUAAAACUCACAUAAAGCUAUAAUGUUAUUACCUGAAAGUAUCUUUUCAGAAGUGAGGAAUGUAAGAUACUGUACAUUUAUUGCUAAGAUAUGAGGGUUUGUAUAUUGUAUUUUCAGGAAUUACUCCCAGAAAAAACAGCUGAGGAAAAAAAAGGAACUGAAAUAAUGUAACGUUCUGAACACCUCUCGGUACUAAAAUAAGUUACAUUCAGCCUUUUAGAACUGCAGUUUAGAUGGACUGUAGAUAAACUUCCUGGUGUUUAUUCCCUGUAAAUUAAGUCUGGAUGGUAAAAAUACUGCCACAACAUUUAAAUAUUUUUGUAUGUUAUAUUAUGUAUAAAUAUUCUCAAAUACAGAACUGUACAGCAAGAGUUUUAUUAUUAUUAUGAGAAAUCAUUGACACAGGAAAUCAUAUCCUUUGAACUGUGUAGCUGGUAUAUGUACAUUAGUGUGAUUAUUCUGAUUUAAUCUUUGUUAACUGCCAUGAAUAAAGUUAGUACUA